ACAGAAUUGCGCAAUUGGUGCCUCUCGCUUCUUUACGAUGAUUCGAAUUUGCGCAAAUGUCAAUCGAAUUGAUCUUUUCUAUAAGGUCCAGCUCUUGGUAUUGUGAUGAGAAAGAUCAAGCUUUCUUCUUCCUGUUCAGUUCGCCAGUUUCCGGGCGGGGCUUCGUUUUUUUCCCUCUGGAAUAGUGUGACGUAAUGUCAGUGCGGCGGCCAGAUUCAUCGUGUUGUUUAAAUUUUCAGAUCAGAAACACUGCGAUGGAGAAAAUUCACGGCAGAGGAGGGAUGAGGAGGGAUUGAAUCACCAGAUUAUUAUGAGAUGCUCUUUGUGGUUUUCUGAUCUCACAUCAGACGUUCUCAUUUUGUACAUUUGUCUGAUUGGUCUACUUUGCUGCGAAGCGUGGAGCGCGCCAUGAGUCUAAUUUUUUGGUGAGUCUUGCGGAAAGGAGUAAGCUUUAAAAGUCAGCGGAUCGUAGAAGAAAUGCGACUUUUACGCUCUAUGUAAACCCUGAAGGCCAUCAGCAACGGGAUGGACGCGUUAGUUUCUGCAGCACUGCAGGAACUGGCGGUGGAGGGUCCAGAAGGAUGCACGGUGACAAAGCUCUGGACUUUACUGCAACCUGCCGCUGCUGAACUCGAUAUUGAACUCGCGGGACGUCCUAAGCAGUUCUUAUGGCAGGAAUUGUUGGAAGUGACGGAUAUCGAAUUCUCACUUCCCAACUCUGGCCCUAUAGAUGCCUCAGAUCCCAGACUUCAAACUGUAGAGUCAGCUGAAUUGUUAGCAGUACAACUAGUGGCACCCGAGGCUUUACGAGAUAGUUCUCUGGGGUUGUACGACUUGAAGGUCUGCGAUGCUCGUCUAUCGAAGGAGCAACGAAGUAUUCUGGAGCGUAUUGCAAAAUCUCGGACUAAAGGUAUCACUCAAAGUCAGCUUGCAAAAGAGUUCAAGGUUGCGGGAAAUAAAAUAUUCUAUCUCGUCAAAAUGCUCGAAGUAAGAGGUCUUGUAGUGCGCCAGACAACCCUCGUGCGCACUGCCGAGGGAAAGGCGGCAGGGACUAAAGUGCCCAUUGUUGCUACCAACCUGCUGCAUCUGACUCGUUUUGCGAAAGAUGUCACAUUGUCUUCACACCAACGAUUUGAAAUCAUGAAUCCAUCGAACGAAAAUGGUUUAGAAGCAGGAGGUUCCAUCGGCGAUGACGCUGAGGGAGAUGAAGUGGGAGCUGCAACGAAGGCUAGUGAUAUCAUCAUCAAAGAUGACUUUCCAGCCAUGGAGGAAAUUUGUCAGCGGCUAGAAGAAACAGAGGGGAAGGUCCUGGUUGUGGCUGAUCUUAAAGGAAGCUUGGGUUAUCGCAAGGCAUUAGGGCAUCGAAAUUGGCGAAGACUGAUGAAGAGACUCCAAGAUGCUGGUGUUGUGGACGUCUUCAAUGCGCAGAUUGAUCGCAAGGUUCUACCUUGCCUUCGGUUGCUCAAGUCUUUCGAUGUGAAGUCGCUCAGUGGUGGAGUUGAGGAGGUGGACACCGAGAAUGGGUCAAAGCGCGAAAAGAAUUCAGAAAUGGUGAUGGAGCUUUCCAUUGAUCAGCAAAUCUACCACCUUGUUUCUCAGUCUGGAACAGAUGGCGUGCAGAUGAUGGAAGUGUUCAAUCGACUCGGUUUACAGAACAAACGGAACUACUGUCGUGUUGCAACCAUGUUGGCAAGGCAAUGUCUCGUUUCUGAGGCUGAAAAUCACAAGAGGUCAACUUUAUACCGGCUGAAAACAAUAAAUAAUUCUUAUAGUGCUGCUCAGACACAAGCUCUAGUGUCUGCUGAGGGUCAAAAGGUUAAGACCCUUGAAAUUGCAGCCAGCUCUCCGACUUCCGCAUCCGGCAGGGACGAUGCUCUUAUUCUGCAUCCCAAGGAAGCUGGCACGAGUUUGAUGAAGACCGUGAAAGAAGUCAAGCAGCAAGGAAAAAAGACAAGACGCAGCAGAAAAAAGCCGGAGUCUGUUCAGGAAGGAGAAGGGAGAGCAAAGAAUACACAGGUCUUGUCUUUAUUGAACAAGGAUGUUCUAGUAUCGGAUAGAGAAAACAAAGGUUCAGAGGCUGGUCUUCAAGGGCUUGAAAAGACAUCUCUGGUACCUGUUGUUCCUAUAAGGACAACUCAACCUCAUUCAGGAGUCCAAGUCUCUACAACUCGAGCUCAAAGAGAACAACGCAUACUUGAAAAGCUUCAGGUAGAAAAGUUCGUUUUGCGGGUUGAGCUCCACAGAUGGUUAGAGGAUUUGGAAGAUCGAAAGGGUACCAUGAUGGACAGGAAAACGCUGACUCGCAUUCUUCAGGCUUUCCAGCGUGACGGUCUUUGCAAAUGUGUGUUACUCAGUAUGCCCGGUCUAACGAACUGUGGAAGGCAACGGACUGUCGAGGUUGUGCUUCUCCCGUCGGUCAUUGUUGAUCUAGAUGUGCUGAACAAAGUGCACGAUAGAGUCAGGAAGUUUGACAUGGAUAGCAGGGGCCAUGGUCAAUCCAAAGUGAAAGGUAAAGACGAUGUACCUAUCCUUGAAGGUGUGAAAAGGAUGUCUACCGGGAUGCUAAGAAAGAAAAACGGAGCAACAAAGUUUGAUGUCCCGACUGACGGUAGUUGGUCGAUGCAAGCGAACGGCUUCAUCCCCGCAAAGAUGGUCCGAGUGAGCAUGCUGCAUCAUUUCUUGUGGAACUAUGUCAACAACCUCCCUGAUGAGUCGGAGAGACUUGCUCGUUCUGGAAUGUCUGAGGAGAUUGUAGGAAGCUGCAGAAUCUUUGCUCUUUCCAGCGCCAUACAAACUAUGCCUCUGGAGCUUUUUUUGCAGAUCAUUGGUUCAAUUCAUAAAGUUGAUAGUGCUCCUCAAUGGUGUAAGCAAGGGCUGCAACUUUGUGAACUUCCGAAGGAAGCUUUCUCGAUACUUCUUGAUACAAACGCUACAGGACGACUCUCGUGGCUUGUAGAUGUUCUCCGCAGAUUGAAGUUGGUCAGGCUUGUAAUGGGUUGCGGAAGUGGAGCACAAGGCGAUGAGCAAGAUCUGAGGAAAAGUUCACUCUCAGCCGUGCUUACUUAUGCCUUGGAAAGAGAACCAUAUCUUGAAGAACCGGCUCCCAGUCCUCUUCCAUCUUGUAACUUAGAUAAUUAUGACACAUCUCCACGGGCACGGCACGAGUUCAGCAUCGCCACCAAGGAUGGGUUGGACGCAUAUUGGCAAACUCUUGAGUACUUCUAUUCAGGAGCUCAACCUGCACUUGCUCGACAUGCCUUCCCAGGAUCUAAUGUACCUGAGCUAUUUGGUUUGCGUUCAUGGACAUCCCUGCGCCUAAUGAGUACUGAACAACGUACCGAAUUGUUGAAGCGGAUUGGGGCUGGUGGUAUCGACAAGCGUAAGACGGCACAAGAAUGUGUUCAAAUUGCCAAGGACCUGAAAUUGACUUUGGAGCAGGUACUAAGAGUUUCGUAUGAAAAGAAUAGAAUCUAUCGCCUACAAACCUUGGCAAAGACUGGUCAGAUCUCGAAAAAGCGAGCAAUAGUUUCAGGGGAUUUUCCGGAACCUUCUCAUGUGAAGGCCUACAAAAAGCAGCGCCAAUCAGAACUAGAGGUACGGGUCAACGAGACCGAAGUAAAUACCAACAAAGAGAAUUCACAUGCAGCAGCUGGAGAAGACGGUCCAGCACACGAAGAAGAGGACGAUGAUGAGGAUGAGGACGAUGAUGACACUGAAGCAAACCGUGAACAGCCAAUGAAUGACUUCAGUUUUGUUGCUAAUUUGAAACCUUCUCGUCAACGGUCCCGACGGUUUAUUUGGUCAGAGAGGCUCGAUCGGCUGUUAAUUUCUGCUUAUGUGAAGCAACGGGCGAGGUUGGGUGCAGUUUACCCUCGAGUAGAUUGGAGUACCAUGGAAGACCUCCCUGCCCCUCCUUCAGCAUGUCGACGAAGAAUGUCUCAGUACAGGCAUGACGUUGCCGUAAGGAAGGCGAUCAUGAGCUUGUGUUCUCUUAUCGCAGCUCGUUAUCUCAAGCACAUUGAGUUACAACGAACUCGAAGUGGAGAUUCAAAUCAUCCAGCACAUGUUUCAGAUACAGUAAAAAGGAAUCAAGGCACAGAUGGGCAGUUAGAGGGUGACAACACUGAGAAUGAAUAUAAUUGGGAUGAUAUGAGCGAACCCUUCCUUGCUGCAGCCCUUGAUGAGAUAUUACGAUGCAAAAAUGCAGCCAGAGCAUCUGCAAGUAAGCGUUCUGGUUCAUCUGGUACGAAAAAAGGACGAGAUCCGGAUAGUGAUGCAGAGCCACUGGUUGACGGUGUGGCUGGACAACAUGAUGUCCAUUCAUCCUUACACAGUAUUCCUGACGCAAGUCAUCGGGCCUUUGCGACAGCAAGGGCUAUCUCCUCGUUGUCAUCCGGUCUUCCUUUCUCCCAAGCACAUCUAAGUCGGUCGAUGCCCAUCGAAGGCAAGGAUGCCAAUCCGGCUGAUGACGACAGUCUCACCAAUAGUGGGGGCACAAAUACUGGUCGUUUCAUGGUCGCUCCUGGUCCUACUCGUAGGAUCCGUAAGCAUUUCCCAAAAUUAUUGCGGAAGCCGUCUGGUGUACUUGAACUGACCACUGAACAGCAAGUGCGAAAGUCUGUUGGGGUCGCUAACGCCGUUGAGAUAGUCAAGCUAGUGCUACUGAAUAGCAUAAAUGUGAAGGAGUUGGUUGGCACCCUGGUAGACGCAGUUCAACGAUUCAGAGAGGUCGAGGUGUUCACGGCUGUCAAGUACCUGCGUGAACAAGGCCUGCUGAUGGCGGGCCAGGGUACCAAAACCUUUGUUCUCUCUCCUAAGUUCUUCCAUGAUUGCUCUGCAUCUAGAUUUCCUAUGGGAACUGGUGAUCAGUCGCUCAUAACAAGGCAGUGGCUGGACGAACGUUCAGAAAAGAUUGGGGAGGACUGGGUUACCUUACCUUCACAACAGCAAGCAGGUCAACUUUCACACCUUCUCUCCCUAGUGUCGUCGGGGGAGUUUACUCUUAAUCCUUCUGUUCCAGUGAAUGACAUUGGUGAGGUUGAGGAAAAGACUACUCGGAGGCCCGCCUCGCAGAGACCGUCGUCGUUGCAAGGAGAGGAUGGCCGUCAUAUGAGACUUCAGCAUCGGAUAUCAGUAAGUGCUUCAUGGGCUUGUGAGAGGAGAGAAAGAGGGUUUCCUGGAAUUGACGUGUGCGUCACCCGUUCAAGUAGAUCACUUUGUGAUAUUCUGAGUACAUAUGCCAGUGGAGAUAGCAUCAACCACGACCUUUCCCCGCAAUCAAUAUUUAGCGACGACGACUGCCAGGUCUCUUCUCUGAAGGUUCCUGACGAGACACAAGUGAUUGCUCCAGUCGAUGACAUACAUUGUGAAAGGGCUAGUGACUGCCUUGGCGCAGGCAGAGACCUAUUUGGCCAGGAUUCAGCUAUCGUACUUGACACGACAAUUCCAGAUUUUGAUAUGUCAGAUGAUAUUGGAACUAGAAGCAAAGAGGUGCUUGACACGUCAACUACAAGCAGACGGGCUGAGCCUAUGAAUGAGAUUGGCAGUGUGUCCGAGUGUACUCUUCAUCAGACUGCUGAAGGUGAUAUGAUGACAAGUGAUGAACAUGCCACCAUCUCUGAGGAGUGUAAAGCUCUAAAUCUAGUUGCUGCGGAUGGGAGCACGACAAUGUCUUUCAUUGGGAAUGUUCUUGGUCAGACUCUAAGCACUAGUCCAGAGGUUACUACUAGUGUUAUGGAAAGUCCUGAAGGACAGGUUUCUGAUCACUUGACUAAGAACACUGAGACCGAUUGUCCGGAUGUUGCGGUUAUCGUCGAUGAAGGUAGUAGAUUACAAAAUGAGCAGGAAUCAGAAAGAUCUGAUGCAAAUUUGGAUGCUGACCGUCUUACUGCGAUUACUUUAGAUAGAGAAUCUGGAGGUGGACCUGUAACCUUAGUUCAGAGCUCAUCGACUUCGAAGUUAGAGAAGUGUGUUCUAUAUUUCUCUGAGCAGAAUGAGAGGGAGGUAGAUAGUGGAACACGUUUGAAUCCUGACCUGCUGCGGGCAGCAUAUAGUGCUAUUGAACGAGCCGGUGAAGACGGUCUAACACCUGAGACGUUACAAGAAGAUCUGCAAAGCAGUGGACUCUGUAACGCAGGGUAUUCAUUCAAUGCUGCUGGUUAUGUACAAGCCCUGGAGGCCUUUAGUCUUGUAAAGAAAGUGAAUGCUUUUGACCACGUUCGAAUCUUAGAAUUCUCACAAAGUAAGCGCUUUCAUCUUAACAUUCUACCGAGAAAUAAAGAGAGUAAAAAACGAAAAUCCAGUGGUUACACAUACAUCGAUGACAGACAACGCAAGAAUUUCUCUUCAAACACCAUAGGCUAUCCUGGGGGAUCUGACCUGUCCGCUGGAGCGAGUCGAAGAAGGCUAGAUGAGGCCUCCGCUUCUGCUGCAGAGGUUUCUAGAGUUGGUGAGCAUCGGGUCAUCUCAUUGCGGCGUAGUGACGAUGAUUUUGAAGAUGCAGAGAGCACUGUCGAACUAGUUUCGAUUGUUCCCUGGUUGAAUGGACAUGGUGCUGUUCAUCCAUCUAUGUCGAAGAGCCUCACCCGAAGGGUAAUGGGUAUAGUUUCACUACAUCCCGGCAUAGCUGAGGAUGCGCUUAUUGAGCAGUUGAAUGUUCUCAAUCCUCAGAGUACAUGCCAGCUCCUUCAACUUCUUGAGGCGGAUGGUCAUCUCAUAUCUAGACCAGUCAUGCAGACAAAGGCGGAAGCUCCGAGAUUCCUUCAAAAGCUGAUAAAAAGGAUUGCUUUGACAGACGCUCCCCGAUAUAUGAAUCAUUAUUUUGCUAAUCCUUUGUCGGGAGGUUUGUUAUAGAACUGAAAGUAUAUCACAAUGCAUUCUAGUCCACGGUGUCAAAUGCUGUUGCCGCUUCUGUCAAUACAAUUAUAUUGUUAUCACAUCUUUGUAUUGAAGUGUGAAUCAAGAGAAUCCAAUUUGCAGAUCUCUUCCUAGUCCAAAGGCCACGGCCACUUAUCCGCUGCAUAUAUGCUGAGCUUACUCGUUUCAC